AAUCAAGAAGAUCAGGGAAAUGCGCCACAUGGUGCUCCUUAUUGCCCCGUGAUGGGAGAAUCAAAUCUGGUUCCCGGAACUGAUGCAGCUGUUACACAAAGCCAAUUGGCCGAUUCCGGUGAGGAGAGAUUUCCUCUCUCAAGCCCGCGGCUCAAUCUGGCAUCCCCAUCCAGAGCGCUGGUCUCUGCAGGUAUGGGUAAUCAACAGAUACUCGUUGUCCAGAAAGAAGGAGUGAUGAACACGAUCACGCAAUUCAGAGCUCCCUUUACGAGGCGGCUUUACGCAUUUAAAAGGUCAGUGUUCUCCAAUUGGUGUGCUGAUAGAGAUCUGGACCCACAAAUAUGUGGGGUCCUGUGGUUGCUUGGCUUCCUUCAAGAGCUGCUGGAUAAGGUCAGGUCCCCAUCCACGCUUUAAGUAUAUGUGGCGGCCGUUGCAGCGUUCAUUGAGUCGACGCGCGGUCAGUCAAUAGGAAGAAACAAGCUCGUCAUCUGCUUCCUUACAGGAGCCAGAAGGAUGAACCCCCGCGACCCUCGUCGGUUCCCAUAUGGGAUCUUUCUUUGGUCCUAGAGGCACUGAAAGCUUUCCCCUUUGAACUAAUGGACUCCAUGGACCUAAAGUACCUCUCGUUCAAAGCCGUUUUUCUGACAGCUCUGUCAUCAGUUAAAUGCAUAGGGAAUUUACAUGCGCUGUUAGCGCAGCAUGUCUUGAGUUUGGGCCAAAUGACUCAAGUCAUCCUCAAGUGAUCCUAUAGUGAUUAUAUAGCAUCCUAUAGUGAGGGCGAUAUUAACCAUCUCUGCCCUAUCAGGGCGCUGAGGGCCUACAUUACGCUUCUUUCAGGUGUUCGGAGCAGCUCUUUGUUUCAUUUGAUGGGUGCACCAAGGGUCUCACCGCCUCAAAACAGAGCCUGUCCAGAUGGAUAGUGGAAGCUAUCACAUCUGCUUAUAGGUGUAAAGGUCUGCAAUGUCCCUUGGGCAUCAGGGCGCAUUCCACCAGAGGCGUGGCCUCGUCGUGGGCUUAGUCCAGCGGAAUUUCCAUUCAAGACAUAUGUGAGGCGACAAGUCACGCAAUACUCGUUCCCUCUUCUAGAGAGAACCGAGGUUACGUAUGUAACCGAGUAUGUUAUCACACACUUACAAAUAAUGAAGUUGUUUUAGCAUUUAAUAAUUUUACUAUACAGACCUGAUCUGUAUGAAUAACAUUUUAUUUUCUCCUCAAUGAAAUGUUUUCACCCAUUUCAGCAUAAAUGUAUCAUUGUUUUGUUUUAAUUGACUUAUUCAGUUUAGUGAGAUUAGUCAUUUAGGAGAUACUUUCUUAUCCAAAGUGCACAUAUCUUUCAUUUCUACAGUAUCUGGCCACUAGAGCGGACAACAUAACUCUUCUAAUAGAAGAAGUAUUGCAGCGCUACUUUUAUGACGAGUUGGCAGAAAGGCGAAAAGUACAUGAAGAAGAGAUGAAAGAACUGUCAAACUUGAACCAGGAAGUGCCCAUCUUUGUUUGCACCAUGGCAUUUCCCACCAUUCCCUGCCCACUGCAUGUUUUUGAGCCUCGAUACAGGCUAAUGAUACGCAGAUCUAUGGAAACGGGAACCAAACAGUUUGGCAUGUGCAUUGCUGAUGAACUAAAAGGGUUUGCAGACCAUGGCUGUAUGCUGGAGGUGAGAGAUGUCAAGUUUUUUCCUGAUGGGCGCUCUGUGGUGGACACGAUAGGCAUUGCACGUUUUAAAGUGCUCAGUCAUGGGCAGAGAGAUGGAUACCACACAGCCAAGAUUGAAUAUUUGGAGGAUAAGAAGGUUGAAGGAGAGGAGUUGACAGAGCUCCUGAAAUUGCAUGACUCUGUCUAUGAUCAGGCCAUGGCCUGGUUCACUUCACUUAAAGAUGAUAUGAAGAAUCAAAUUAUCAGCCACUUUGGGCAGCUACCUGCCAAAGACUCUGACCCACAGGGGAACCCCAGUGGUCCUGCAUGGUGUUGGUGGCUGUUGGCUGUGCUGCCCCUGGAAAACAAAGCCCAGCUGACCAUCCUCGCCAUGACCACUCUUAAGGACCGGCUGAUUGCCAUUCGCAGGGUCCUUAUUUUUGUGACUCGCAAGCACCCUCGAAGAUGAAUGAUAAUAUCGUUAUCUAAAUUAACCCAUAGCUUGGGAAUGCUGCUUCAGGCUGGGGUCACUGAGGUGUCUUCCAGCAUCCAUCUUGGUCUGUCAUUGCAUUAUGCAAUCCUCACCAAUUAGUGAAAUUGUGCAAUAAAAAGUCUGUCUUAAUAUGGUAGUUUAAGCUCAUCAAUUAGCAAUUAGCAGUGGCAAGUUAUAUUGAAGUGUGGUCACCGAGCUUAUCACUGAUGGCCUACAUUAGGAAGCUCUCAUUUAGUUCAGGUGCAAUCACAUCGUUUUACAGUAGCAACAAACACUAAUGAAAACAGUGCAAACUUUUUUCUUAAGCACU